GGGAAGCAGAGAAACGAUGUAGGCGGGUGAUUACUGGCGUGGACCUUGUUCUCCUUAUAGGAUGAUGAACUUUAGAGACAGCAACGCCGGCCAAUGUGAUUCCUGGGCCCGGAGGGCGGGACUGUCCAAAAAAGGAUAAAAAAGCGGCUGAGGGGAGCGUGAGGCGGUGAUAGGAGCGGUCUUGGCGCUCGUGUUAUUAUGGCCGCUGCCCCGUCCCUGCCUGACAAGGAAAGAUUCAUCUGCAUUUAUCCAGCCUAUUUGAAUAACAAGAAGACAAUAGCAGAAGGAAGAAGGAUACCUAUAGACAAAGCUGUUGAAAAUCCCACUUCUGUGGAAAUCCAAGAUGUAUGUGCAGCAGUUGGAUUCAAUGUGCUAUUAGAGAAGAAUAAGAUGUAUCCUAGAGAGUGGAACAGAGAUGUGCAGUACAGAGGUAGAGUUCGAAUCCAGCUCAAACAAGAUGAUGGCAACCCAUGUUUACCUCAGUUUCCAACACGUAAAUCAGUAAUGCUGUAUGCUGCAGAAACCAUUCCUAAACUGAAAACAAGGACCCAAAAGAUAGGAGGUAGUGAUCAAAGCCUUCAGCAAGGAGAGGCAGGCAAGAAAGGUAAAGGAAAGAAAAGAAAUGACCUCACAUCUGGAGUAAUUGUUACAUCACAUAGUCGUACUUGGGAAAAAUGCGGAUGGACACAUUAUUUGCUGCAACUUUGAAAGAUAGAAGCAAGAAAUAAAUAGGUGAAGCUAAAUAGAACUGCCUGCUUUUCUCAGAACUGGAAUGCAUGUAGCUGCCUCGCAUCUGUGUAACGAUAAAUCUGUCUUCACACACAACCUGCAAGUCUGAAGCUAGCAUCCACUUUUAAAAGUGGAAGAACAUGGGGAAAUGGGGUGGGUGGGGGAAUUAUUCUUUCCAGAGGAAAUAUGCAGCUUUUGCUAAUGAAAUAUUCUUACGCAGACUCACUAUUUGAAAGCUGGCUGCCUUAGUUUUAUCUAUGCUAGUGAAGUGAUUGUCUUAAUUCUGGAGGAUCUUUGUCAUUAGUAGGGAAAUGUAAAUCAGUGAAGUUAUGGCUCUGUAAACUUUCCUUGCUAAUAAUUUUUCACAAAUGUCAAGUGUACUAAAAGUGACAUGUUGAUUUUAGAAAAGGUAAUUUUACAGGAUACUUUUUACAAAAGUGUUUAUUUUCCUGCACAGCUUGUUGUAAAGAGGUCAGUGACAUAGAUUGUAAGCAUAAUAAGGUAAAGUUUUAAGACAAUUUGAAAAAAAAAAAAAAGCUCCCUUUUGAGUCUUGUAAAAUGUGGAAUACUGUGUUAUCCUAUUUUGGAUUGUUGUUUGAGAGCUUAGAAAAUGUAUCUUUAUUUUCUACCUCUCAAUAUUUCAGAUGUGUAAGGCUUGCAGUAUCUGGUAAAUUAAAAUAUUUUUUUAAUGUAGUUUACGGACAGCGACAGAAGGUUAUUUGGAGAAGAUGAGUUGGUCAGAAGAUUUGUCCAGUAGGAAGGCGCCUUCAGAGUAACAAAAUAAUGUACUGUACAAGUUAAGUGGGGGGUAGUUUAGUAUAAGGAGACUGAAAACAAAGCAGAAGUACCUGUUUUGAGUUUAAAAACAGAUGUAUUGCAUGAGUUUUCUAAUCCUUAAUGUAUGAAAACAAAGUCAGUUGAAUACUUGACUUCCAGUUGACUACUGGAAACAAGUUACCAGGUUGUUUUUGAUAAAUUUUUCGUGUGGCAAUAUUUUCUUUAGGAUUUGUCAUGUUUGUCUAUCAGGUAUGCUAUUCUAUGACAUCACCUUUUUCCCAUUUUAAAGACAGCAUUCAAAAUAUAUAUAGACAUUCAAUGACUCUUCUAAAGUAUUGAAACUUGAUAAAGAUCUUGAUAUCCCUGCUCCAGUUACUUGUGCUUGUAGUUUCAGUUUCUUUACAUCCUUGUAUUUCUUGUUCCACUCAACUGCACCACUUUCAAAUAGAUGGUGAGUUACCAAUGCCCCUUGAAGGCGACGCUCGUAGGUACCAGUAAGGCAGCUGUAUAGAGACCCUAACUUGUGAAUAAUUCAGUCAAUUGUAUUUCCUGUGUGUACUGCUUUGUAAGUGUGAUUCUUGUGUUGCAUUGUUUAAUGAAAGAGGAGGAUGCAUUAUUCUCACUGUGGUUGUGCCAAAUACAAAAUCUGCCAUGACAAAAUUCCUCAGGCCAAGCCCUGAACUAGAGUGAGAGUAGCCAUAUGUAGGACCUCUAAAAUAGAAGGGCUGUGGAGGAGAAAUCCUGUAUUCUAAAGUUGUAAUUAACCGUGGUCAUAUAUAAAUGUCUUCAGGUUUUUUUUCUGCUGAUGAAAGUUUACACAAGCUACUUUUAGGGUGCCUGGCUUUGAAAAGACACCUAAAUUUUUGCGAGUUAAAUGAUACCUCUCAAUUAAUGGAAUGACAUAGGAUAUGAACAGUGAAAGCAGGUGCUAUUUGAAAAGUUGUUGUUUUGUUUUGUUUUGUUUUUGUUAUAGAAAACAAGUGGACAUGGUCAGAGGUUGUUAGUUAUGUCCCCUCUAUAGAGGAAGUUACAACAGGUUAGUUGCAAUGUGGAGAAUGCAGUAGAAUAUAACUCAGCUCCAUGAGGUUAAGUGUAAGGGAAUGACUCCAACCAAGUCAUGAUCAUGUUAUGCCUAAGUACUGUAAAUCGGCACUUUAAGCUGAAAUUAUUACAAUGGAUAGGAAUUAAAUAUCUUGUCUGUGUUACAGUACGUAUACUGAGAAAGAAUAUUGGUGGCAUUGCUUACCAAAAUUUUCUAAUGAAAGAACCCAAAAUAGUAAAACUAUUUUAAAGUAUACGGAUCUUACAGAAAAGAUUUCUGAAGAGUGUAAUAUUGACCUCAAAUACGUAACACUGACUUAAUCAAAUAAACAGAGAAAGCUUUACAGAUGUUUUAUGUAAAGCUGACUCUUUAAGGAAAUUAUGCGCUGCUAGGAAAUAACAUAUCUACUAAAAACGGGGUUGAAGUCAUAUUCCCCCAACCCCUGGCUGCUUAUCCCUCCAUCUCUAAAUUAAUUAAUAAUUUUGCUUUUUUUGAUUUCUCUCUGUCUUUAAAGUAUACUAUGUGAGCAACACUUGUUCCUAAAUGAGGCAUCACAAAGUUAAGCACAACUCUACUGUUCCUGCUAUAGGUUAAGCAUAUAAAACAAACUUUCAUUUCUGUAUUUCCUGGUUUUUUUUAAUAAACUGGGUUCCUUACAGGAUUAAAAACAAGUGGGUCAAGAUAGUAAGUCAUGUUCUUCUGCAGUUCUUUCCCCCUUCUUCAGCACCUUUCCCCUUUCCCUUUCACCUCCUUAGUUCUGGGAACAGGGAGGAUGGUUAGAGGCCAUUGUGGGACUGGGAGUGGAGAUAAGGUUGUGAAAAUGCAGAAAUAUUGCAACUGUUGGUCUCAAUGUUAUCAAUAAAGUAUCUUUUUUGGAAUGAAAAA